AUGCGCCACAGCGUGAGCCGGCUCCAGGGCCCUGGCCAUCCACAACAUCCGCAUCUGCGACGCCAUCACCUCCAUCAGGAUCGCCCGUCAGAGGGGUCUCGGGCCGUCUCGGCCCCCAGGAGAGAGCGCUUCUCAAGGAGCUGCAGUCGGUUCAGAUGGCCCCGCGGGAGAUUCAGAAGGCCAAAGUCAAGGACCUCCUGCUCCGGUGGCACCCUGACAAAAACCCAGGUUGCCCUGAGAAGGCCGGGGAAGGAGACGGGGUGGACUCUACUCGGAGGCCCUGACUUCCAGAAGCUUUGA